AUGUUUUCUCUAGCCCGUCAAUUCUCCGGAGUCCGCUCCAAGCCUCUCAUCCUCAAAAAAUUCACUCGAUCGACCCAGGUACCCCACCGCCUGUACUCGAACCCUCCGAGAUCUUCGCCGCCACGCGCACCCUCCGCCCCUCAAUCCAGCCGCUCCAAUUUCCCAAUCAUUCCCAUCAUCCUCAUAACUGCCAUCAGCUCCGGCGCCUACGUCUACCUCGUCAAGUCCCGCACCGGCAUCAACAAACGCCCAAACUAG